CUACGUUGUACGCAUAAUCGUUUCUUCAGCUCAAGCAAAACCCAUAUCAUAUCCCAAUCUUUCUUUAAUUAGUUUUAUCCAUGGCACUAAACGCUUUCUUUUCUUUAUCAUCCCUUUUCUUUAUUUUUAUUAUCCUAUUCACCGUCGGGCUGUCUUUCCCGGUUCCGGCGGAUCAUUAUUUUCAAAUAAAUUUACCAAACGGAGUCGUUGGCCCGGAGAGUAUUGCUUUUGAUUGUACCGGAAGAGGACCAUAUGUCGGUGUUUCCGAUGGGAGAAUUUUAAGAUGGGAAGAACAUGCCCGAGACUGGACUGAAUUUGCUGUCAUGACACAUAAUAGGAAUAGACAAUUGUGUGAUGGUAUAACCGACACCCGAAGGGAGCCGCUUUGUGGUAGACCGCUCGGAUUAAAGUUUCAUCCAAAGACUUGUGAACUAUAUAUAACGGAUGCUUAUUUCGGGUUGAUGAAAGUGGGACCGAAUGGCGGGAUUGCUACCGAACUUGCAAAUUCAGCUCAAGGGCAUCCCUUCAUGUUCCUUAAUGAUCUAGACAUCAAUCCUAUGAAUGGAGUUGUCUAUUUUACCGAUAGUAGCAUUCGCUAUCAACGAAGGGAUUACUCAGAGAUCAUUUCCAGUGGAGAUAGUACUGGAAGGCUGUUAAGAUUUGACCCAAAUACCAAGCAAGUGAGCGUGUUACAUGAUGGCUUGGCAUUUCCAAACGGGAUUGUUUUGUCUAGAGACAAUUCAUAUCUUCUUGUAGUUGAAUCAC